UCCUCAUUCAUCUGCUUCACAUUCAUUCACCUAUUUAUCCAUUCAUUUAUCCAUUCGAGUUACAGUACUUCAUAUUUCUUAGCUCAUCCACAUAUCUUUUUUGCUCGAAAUCCAAAUAGCAUUUAUAACGUAUAGAAAAAGGGUGCUCCAUCAUAUCACACAAUGCCCAGUGUGCAAUCAAAGCUCUCGAUAUACCGCAAACUGAUCCCUGCCAAAUAUGUCAACCGGAUCGCACUGGAGCUACAGCGGACAUUCUUGGUUGCAUUGUCGUUACUCAAAGCCCAUCGUCGCAAAGCAAUAUUACUAUCAUUGGGACCUGCAACAAUAUUUAAAUUUGUCACCGUAAUGUUACCGAUCAUUAAAUUGUUACCACCGACUGUCAAAGCUAUCCGUGCCCUCAGCUACUUUAAAUCCUCUAGCACAAAUAACGGUAAUCGCAACAGAAGUAGCAGUAAUAACAACAGUGGUGAUGAUGGCAGUAGAAUCGUGGCAAAUCGGGAAGCGAACACUACUGCAGCAGCAGCAGAAGGGUUGGGUUUGAGUAUGGACGAACUGAGCGAGAUUCUAUGGACACCAGCAGAGGACACAUACUGGGAACGGGUGAAUGCGGUGGUUAGUCGAUUUGGAUUGCACAGAUUCUUGGGGAUUUCGCUUGCAGGCGUUCGACCAGGACGAGUUGAAGUGAUCAUGCCCUUCAAGGCCGAAGUUUCGGGCGAAGGAGGCACAUUCCAUGUAAGCCUGCUCCCGACACUUAUUGCCAUUACUAGUCAAUUAACAGGAAUGACCCUAUUGCCACGACAUUUUACACUCAAGCCUAUCGAUCUUAAAUGCAACAUUUUGUCAGAUUGUGAUGCUUCUACAUACUUGCUUCUGGCUCGCGGAGCGGUGGUGGUACGAGGUGAACACAGCAUCACUAUCAAAGUUGAAAUCAUGAAGGCCAGUGGACUGGUCCCAGGCUCGACAGAGAUCAUCUCCCCUUCACCUCGACCAUCCAUGCUUUCCUGGAAGAGCUGCCUCGGCGCUUCAACUACCAAUACUUCGUCGGUGCCGAUAUCACCUGGCGGAUUAGUUCCAGGGACAUGUAUUGAGCGUAGUAGGUUUGUUUUGUGUGCUUCAGGGAUGCAGACUAGCGUCAUCGUACGUGCAAGCAUGGAUCAUAGUGACGAAGGAGAGUUUGAGAGCCAGCAAUUGAAACGAGAGGAGGAACAGAAGUUUAAUAGGCGAACAUCCUCCAUGUCUUCGACAUCUACAUUUGGUUCGCCAGCGGGUGGUAUAGCAGACGAGGAUGUGAUUAUACUUGGUGACAGUUUCCAGCCUACAACCAGCUUAAACUCCACAAUAACAAGCGCAAUGGCAUCGAGUCGCAAAGCCUCUGCUCACAACAGCCAAUCAACUACACCCCGACCUACAUCACCAACAAUUGCUGUGGCAAAGGAUCACUCUCAACCAAUGCGACUUACUAACUUAAUGGAUAGUAGCUCGUUCCAAAUUGUGUCGCCAUCUUCAUCGUUCCUAGACGAGUCCAAGCAUCCCGAUCAUGAUAUUCUUCAGCACCACCAACAUACCACAAUUUUGGCUGGAUCAAUCAGCAACAAUAAUAGUACUAUGCCCAUGACUUAUGCCGCUGCUGUCCGCCAGCAGCCUACUGGACUGGACAAUCUCCAUCAAUAUGAAGAGACAAGUGAUACAGAAGCAUGGCAGAAAUCAUAGCAGACCUUUAAGGCGUCG